AUGCGUCUAAUAAUCCGAACAGAUUACGAUGAAGUCAGUGAAUAUAUGGCUUCAUAUAUUAGAAAUCGCAUACUUGAAUUCAAUCCGACUGAAGAACGUCCGUUUGUGCUCGGAUUACCCACUGGAUCGUCCCCGGUGGGAGUUUAUAAGAAUCUAGUAAAGUAUUAUCGUAACAAUCAGUUGAGUUUUCGGCAUGUGGUCACAUUUAAUAUGGAUGAAUAUGUUGGCUUACCAAGAGAUCAUCCAGAAAGUUACCAUUCGUUUAUGUGGAACCAUCUCUUCAAGCACAUUGACAUUCUCCCUCAGAACGUUCAUCUCCUUGACGGUAAUGCAGAAGACCUCGAUAUGGAAUGUGUCAGAUACGAGGAGGCGAUUAAAAAGGCUGGCGGAAUCGAAUUAUUCCUUGGAGGCAUUGGUCCGGAUGGUCAUAUCGCCUUCAAUGAACCGGGAUCUUCGCUAACAUCUCGCACAAGAGUUAAGACAUUGGCCUAUGACACCAUCUUGGCGAAUUCUCGCUUCUUUGGUAACGAUAUCAACAAAGUGCCCAGAAUGGCCCUAACCGUUGGAGUUGGUACGGUUACGGAUGCGCGUGAAGUUGCUAUAAUUAUUACGGGUGCACAUAAGGCACUGGCUCUGGCCAAGUGCAUCGAAGAAGGUGUGAAUCAUAUGUGGACAGUCUCUGCCAUUCAGCUUCAUCAGAGAGCUCUUAUUGUUUGUGAUGAGGAUGCUACGCUCGAACUGCACGUAAAAACCGUCAAAUACUUUAGGAAUAUCGAAAAAGUGCAAAAAGAACUUGUUGGAAUGCAGAAUGUAGGAUUGCAAGGUAAUAUUAAGAAAUACGCAACCCCGGACGUCUCUCCGACAAGAAAAGAAUUUUAUGGACUGCCAUUCAAAAAAUAA